AAAGAACUUCUCGAACAUUCUGCAGCAGUCUAAGUCUAACUUCAAGAUCAAAAAGUUUCAUAAUGUGGUUUAAAUAUUUGAGAGAGCCAACUCCAUCGGAUGUUCUAGCUUCCGGCGAGGCUUUCCAUUACUUUGAGAACGGGAUGUCUUGUCUGGGUUGGAUACCCCCCGCAAGAUACGAAAAAAUUUACAAAAUUUUAGCAAUAUUUUUUUUUGUCUGGACCGUUUAUUACGUUCCUACUGGGAUCAUAUUCAGUUUUGUCUUAGACAUGGAACACUUAAGCCCCAGUGAGCUCCUAACCGUUCUCCAACUAUUUGUCAACGCUUGUGGGUCACCUUUCAAAGUGUUUUUCCUAAAGACCUAUCUAUGGCGAUUUCAAAGGACCAAAGAACUUUUUGGUCAAAUGGACGAACGCUGUUCUACUUUGGUGGAGCGCUUUGAGAUCCAUCGUUGGGUUGUCCGCUGCAACAGGGCUUACCUGAUGUAUGAAUCUCUGUAUGUAGGAUAUGGCAUAUCAACUUUCUUGUCAGCUGUCCUUUCGGGAGGCCUGCCCUGGCGCAUCUAUACACCAUUCGUGGAUUGGCGACAAAGCCUUACAAGUUAUUGGAUAUGUGUCCUUCAUGAGACUAUUCUUAUGCUCUUCGCUGUUUCUCAAAAUGUUCUAAUCGAUGUUUACUCCUUUUUGUGUGGAAUAAUGCUAAAAGUUCAUAUCACACUGUUGAUAAAGAGAGUGGAGAGGCUUUGCACAGAUCCUGAAAAAAGCGAUGAGGAAAAUCUAAAGGACUUGGUCGACUGCAUCGAGGAUCACAAACUUAUCAAGGAAUGCGCCCAAAUGAUUCGUCCUGUCAUCGCCGGCACAAUUUUCGUUCAGUUUCUUCUGAUUGGCGUUUCCUUGGGUUUUUCCAUGAUAAAUCUCUUCUUUUUCGCUGACUUAUGGGCAGCUUUGGCCACAUUGGCUUACAUCAUUGGUCUCAUCAUGCAGACCUUUCCUUUCUGUUUCGUUUGUGACUUGAUUAAAGCGGAUUGCGAACUCCUACAGAUGGCCAUAUUCCAUUCAAAUUGGCUUGAUAGCAGUAAAAAAUACAAGACCUCCUUGAUCUUAUUCUUGAUGAAUGCUCAACAGUCUAUUGUCUUUACAGCUGGCAAGAUAUUUCCCAUAACUACAAAUACCAAUGUUAAGGUGGCCAAACUGGCAUUUUCGGUUGUUACUUUAGUAAAUCAAUUUAAUCUAGCUGAGAAGUUGGCAACUAACUAA